AUGUCAGUACGCCCAUAUUUGUUAGAUUUAUUUAAUUUGGCACCAAAAAGACCUAAUUGGGAUCUUAAACGUGAUGUUGAGCAGAAAUUAACAAAACUUGAGAAAAAAACUCAAGCUAGUAUUGCACAACUUAUAAGAAUGAGACUUCAAGGUGAAUCACAAGGAGAGAGCAAUGCAAAUGAUCUUCCAGUAAAUUUAGUUGAUGCAGUGAAAGCACAACAAAUAGCAGAUUCUGGAAAACAUGAUUUAGAAUGA